UGAUCCGGUAAUCACAAUCAGUACUUGAUAAACUGAUAGCGAUCCGCUUUGCGCUGAGCCUCAUAUUUUUUCUUGUGUAGAGGGUUUCAGCCUAGAGAGAUUUCAAACCUGCAUUUUGCACUGGUAACUCUCAAUUCAGCACGUUUUCUUUUUUUACAUACAUCCCACGUAUUUUAAAGAAAAAAGUUUACAAUGUUCCGGGUUGGCUUGCAACGCAUUGGAACCCUCGGCGUGGCGCGCAGCGGAGUAGCUCAGCUCACAGCGCAGCUGACCAAGCUAUCGCUGCACACCAGCGCCUCACCCGUAUUCAAGGUCGAGCGGCCGACGCGAUUCGUAGCACUGAACGACCUGCGGGACAACGCAGGAGCGCGGACAACGAAGAAGCGACUUGGACGUGGCCACGGAUCGGGGCUGGGGAAGACGAGCGGGCGCGGACAGAAGGGCCAGAAUUCGCGCGCGGGCAACGGCAAGCCCGGGCCGGGGUUCGAGGGCGGGCAGACGCCGUUGUCGCGGCGGUUCCCGAAGCGCGGGUUCAAGAACGGGUUCAAGCGGGAGCUGCAGGCGCUGAAUCUGGACCGGAUCCAGCACUGGAUCAACACGGGGCGGAUUGACCCAUCGAAGCCGAUCACGCUGCGGGAGGUGUACGAGUCGAACAUGGUGCGGUUCAAGGACGGCGUGACGUUGCUGGCGCGCGGAUCGCAGUACCUGACCACGCCGAUUACGAUCGAGGUGACGAAGGCGUCGAAGCAGGCGGUGAAGAGGAUUGAGGAGCUGGGCGGACGCGUGGUGUGCGUGUACCACAACAAGCUGGCGAUGCGGGCCCUGCUGCAUCCGGAGAAGUUUGCGGUGCUGCCAAAGACGGCGGAGCCGGCCACGGCCAAGCUGCGCAGGAUUUACGAGGACCCCGAGCGGCGUGGGUUCCUGGCGGCCGAGAUCAAGGCAGAGUACGAGCCGGUCAGCAUCAACAAGGAGCGGGUGCGCAACACGACGAGCGCAUAAAACUUUUUAUCUUUUUAAGAACAAUUACAACCGCAGACGGAGGCUGUCUUUGAGG